UGCGUUUUGCCAUAUUUUAACGACUCUUUCCCCGGGGUUUUCAGGUGGAGUUGAAGGCGAGAGUGUCAAGACGAUAUUGGCCUUCUUAUAAAUACGACAUUUCAACGGGAGGACGCAGUUUUGCUUCAGUGAGUUCAAGAUCAGCAUGUGCUACACGAGGGACAUUCGAGACUGUUGAUGAACAAUUAGUGAAUGCGGUCGUGAAGACUAUCGGAAGAUUUGACCGUAAAGCAAGAACGUUAUUACAACUCAGUGACAUUAGAUUAAUGGUGACGUGAUUCAAUUGGGAUCGAAAAUGAAAGUGGUACGAUUUCUCUUGCUUUGCGUGCUAGUGGCAGCAACAUGUGCGAAUCCCGCCGUGGAUAACGGAAGUCCCCUCAAUCAUGCGACGCCGACUAUGGCCAGCAAAUCAGCCCUGGAGGAGUCCUUUGUGAAACGUUUGGGAGUCAAGUGUACGCAAAAGGAUAACAGCUCCUGUGUGAUGCUGAAGCUGGUGAACUACAUGAAUCGGAUACUGAAAAAGUCCAGCAUUGCCCUGGGCGACAGCGUGGAGCUGACGCAAACGAGAACCAACGAUCCGGUGGUGGACGACCCCGAGGAGCUGUCGGUGCUGAGUCGUUCUGCAAGCUCGGACGACCACAAGCUCAGUGUCAUCGUGGCGGACAAAAUCUGGCGCUUCAUCCAGAGUCGAAGCGUCAAGUGGAAGGCAUUCCGGGCAGCGGAUGUCGUUGUCGCUUCCGGUGAAGGUGGACGGUUGAAUUUUGGGGUUUCCCUCGACACAAAGAAACUGCUGGAGGAGGGUCGAGGUAAAAUGAAAAACUACCAUGCCAUCCUGAUGGCAGUAGUCAUGAAGGUCGGCAUCGUGGGAGCACUGAUCCUUAAGGGAAUAGCACUUCUGGUCGGUAAGGCUCUUUUGGUCAGCAAGCUGGCUCUGCUGUUGGCCAGUGUGAUUGGCAUCAAGAAGCUGCUGCACAAGAAGCAUGUCACCUACGAGGUGGUGGCUCAUCCUCCGGAGCAUCAUCACCAUCUGGACACGUACAGCUCUGGUUGGGCUCGUGCCAUCGACGGUUUUGUCGAUUCGUUUGCCAAAGGACUGGAAAACAACUUGAUUAUGAAGGAUGCCGACGAAAUGGCAUAUGGGGCGCAGAGACCACAAUGAGAUUUUUCCAAUCUGUGAACCGACGAGCUUUUUCUCUACUGAUGGCUAUGGCGAUGGCCUGCACACCUGGUACCUGAGAUUACUUCCGUGUAUCGUUCUAUCCUGUGAUAUUUCUUUGACUUUUUGCUCACCUGCGUGUUUAUGUUGUGCUGAUGAUUUAUUUAUUAACUAACUUAUUUAUUGCUAUUUAUUUAACAGAAAUAAACGCCUCUCGUGCUUUCAGUGUU